UGAGCGUCGCUACUCGUGGCGUGCCUACAACUUAGCCGGAUCUAUUACGCGUCCGCGCUCUUUUUGCCCUCGCUACCCGCCGUUUUUCCCUCGACCUCGUCCGCUCGGCCCGGCGCUCUCGACGACCUCGACGCCCUCAGGAUCCGCGAUCUUUCCGAGAGGAGACCCGAGACGCGCAGAGCCAGCAGCGCCGCCAGGACACGCAGAGGAAGGUCCCGAGCGCGAGUCGAGCUCGAGGCCUCCGGCGGACGUGGCGCGACCUAACCUCGAAAAUCCGCGCGCGCGCGCCCGCGUCGAUCCUGCGGCGUCCUAACCUCGAUCCGCACCGGGGACGCACCGCAGCCCGCGCGACCUUCCUGCGCGAGUGUCCCGUGGGUAAAUAUUCAGUUCAGUGACAGCUGCCAGUGCGUCCAGUGACGAUCCAGCGCCGACGCCGACGCCUUUGUUUGGAUACCAGAGCCACCGCCGGCGCGCCGUGGAGCCUGCUUGCCGACCUUCGGUAGGUCAAGUAGAGAGUAUAGUUGCGUAGCGUUCAGAGAGUCUACGUAAGACCGGAAGAGGCCCGACAGGAUGAUGAUGGCCAACCUGCCCCCCGUUAUGUUGCCCACCCUGCACGACUACGGCAUGCUGACGCCCACCCUCGGCAUAAAGAGGGGCAGCGACGAACUGCUGUCACAAAGCGGCACUGUCAGCAAUGGGGCAGCGAUGAGUCCCCAACCACAUCACGCCGCUGAUAACAAUAAUGACGCGAAGAAGGCUAAGCUCGACAAGAGUCACCACGGCAAGCCUUCGAGGGUCAUCCACAUCCGAAACAUCCCGAACGAUGUGUCCGAGGCGGAGAUCAUCCAUCUGGGUCUGCCUUUCGGCAGAGUCACCAAUGUCCUCGUUCUCAAGGGCAAGAAUCAGGCAUUCCUGGAGAUGGCGGACGAGGGUGCAGCGGCCACCAUGGUGGUGUACUACGCCAACUGCGUCGCUCAGCUACGGGGGCGAGCAGUCUACGUGCAGUUCAGUAACCAUAGGGAAUUGAAGACCGACCAGACCCAUGGGAACGCGGCCGGAAGUCCCACCAGCGUGGUCCCCACCAACAACUCGAAUGCACAGACAGCUCUGCAGCCGACUCAAGGCCAAGGGCAGGUGCAAGGUAACGAGACUCAGGGUGGGCCCAACACAGUCCUCAGGGUAAUAAUCGAGCACAUGAUCUACCCCAUCUCCCUGGACAUUCUAUACCAGAUAUUCACGCGCUUCGGAAAGGUCCUGAAGAUCGUCACUUUUACGAAGAACAGUUCCUUCCAGGCACUGAUACAAUACCCGGACAUGCUAUCAGCACAGACUGCUAAAUUCUCGCUGGACGGGCAAAACAUCUACAACUCGUGCUGCACCUUGCGCAUCGACUACAGCAAGAUGCAGAGCCUGAACGUCAAGUACAACAACGACAAGUCCAGGGACUACACGAACCCGACUCUUCCCACGGGCGACGCGAACUUGGACGCGGCGUCGCUCGCUCUAGGAGGUGAGCUUCUUCCGCAGCUUCUUCUGGGUGCUGCUGGCACCCAGCCACGGGCUAGAAUACCCGUAGAGUCCAUUGCAGGCGCAUCUAGCGUCCUGGCGUCGCCAUUUGCGGCAAUGCACGGCUUGCCAUCGCCCCUGGCAGGUCCUUACAACGGAGUUGCUCCACCUGGAAGUUUGGCAGGAAUAGGAGGAUUCAACCUGGGGGCUGGAGCCCUGGGGGUAAGGGUCCCAGGCAGCCCUCAGCCCUCCUGCGUGCUUCUCGUCAGCAACCUCAACGAGGAGAUGGUCACGCCUGACGCUCUCUUUACCCUGUUUGGCGUUUACGGGGAUGUACAGCGUGUGAAGAUCCUGUACAACAAGAAGGACUCUGCCCUCAUUCAGCUGGCUGAGCCCCACCAAGCACACUUGGCUAUGACACAUAUGGACAAACUCAGAGUGUUCGGCAAGCAGAUUCGAGUUAUGCUGAGCAAACAUCAGACGGUCCAAUUGCCGAAGGAAGGACAACCUGACGCCGGCCUCACCAAGGACUACACAAACAGCCCUCUUCAUCGGUUCAAGAAGCCCGGCUCCAAGAACUACCAAAACAUUUACCCACCGAGCUCUACUUUGCAUUUAUCCAACAUUCCAGCCACCGUCUCCGAGGAGGAGAUCAAGGACGCCUUCACGAAAAAUGGCUUCACAGUGAAGGCCUUCAAGUUCUUCCCGAAGGACAGGAAGAUGGCACUCAUUCAAAUGUCCAGCAUGGACGACGCUGUCGCCGCUCUGAUCAAAAUGCACAACUACCAGCUGAGCGAGUCCAACCACUUGCGGGUGUCCUUCUCAAAGAGUAGCAUCUAACAAGAGACACCAUCAACCGAGUCACAAUGGUUUCAGUCCUACGCCCUACUCCAAUACUGGUGCCCCAGUGCCAUGUACGACUGAUUUGGUCCGGCCUCAGCAUCCGGAGGGCCUCCGGCCUGAGGACAAGAUCCGUUCGUCCAGCGCACGAAGUCGACCUCGCGAGACGAGCUGUCGCCGGCCGUCAAGAGACCGUCAUCGGACCGUCAGCCGACCGUCAAGCAAGCGGUCGGUUGACCGGCGGUCAGCGGGAUCAUCUUCAAGGCCGGUGGUGGGGUCGUCAGCCUCGGGACUCUCACUCGUAUAGCUAAGAGAUCGAGAAAGGGACUGGAGAGAGCCCUCCUUGUACAGAGCCAAGAUAAUCCGCGAUCCUCAAGAGACACACAGAGACCACACACCGACGAACCACACACGCAUACGGGCCAGCCAGUGGCCAAGAACACGAACACGCGCGUACAUUCGCGAUAUACCGUAUACAAUAUACAUUAUACAUAUUAUAUAUAUAUUCAUAUAUAUUCAUAUAUAUUCAUAUAUAUAUGUGAAUAUGUAUAUAUAUAUAUAUAUUUUACAAGAUUAACGCUGAAGAGGAGGGACGCGGCAGCUCGUCUCCGAUGACCCCGUUAAGUCUAAGGAUUUCUAUAAGGCUACGAGCUAUCGCACCAGGCAACUCCGCAAUCAGCUCGAGGACACGUUGGAUCCUCCCAAGGAUGUGCGAUGAGUCCCUCGAGCAGGACAUUUGGAGGGCUGUCAAUAGACAACCAGGGCUGACGGUCCGUAGCCAGCAUCCCAGACACCCCGGCAGCUUGCGAGAGGUGCACGCACGCGUUACUUUCGCCCCCUUGGGGGCAAUUUUUUUUAAUAAUGCAUUUUCGGUUCAGCCAUAAGUAUUACACUCGCACGCACAGAGGCAGAGACGAGGGUAGGUUAGGGACAGGGAGGCGCUGGGAGGAAACAAGUGACGAAGCAGUUACGCCGAGCGCCUUGCACCAACGCCGAGCUGCACUUGCGACACCUGAUCAGGGAGCCGCGGUUUCCGCCUGAAUGAUGCGUCGGGUGGAAAAACGCCUCCUAUCGAAGUUGUUCCGGGAAACCUCGUGAAGAAUUUUCGUGGGAGGUGGUUUCUUCAUAUCUCUUACCGUUUGGCCGGAAAUCGGGGAUUCUCGUCGGAAGUGCCCUGGGCGCGCCUAGAUAUGACGAGAGCGAGCGCGGAACAUAUCGGUACUGCGAGCACUCGCGCUGACUUUCCGCGUGAUUGAGAAUCCCUAUCAAGGACAUGAAGUUAGCUCUGGAUUAACUGGACAGUUGAUAGCCAUGAAAUCGUGCGACGAUUUUAAGCCACUGGAACGCCUCGACUAGUAUUGAAUACGGAUAUCUCGACUAGUGUUGUAAUAUUUUGCGGAUAUUCCGGAGACGUUGCGCCGUUUCGAUGAAGUUUCUGCAUCUUUAUUAGACAACGUCGGGCCAUUGAUGCUCCUUGUGAGCCUUGAAUUCGUCACUACUCUCUGUGCUGAGCAGAUUGGCAUCGGCUAUUCAGUUAGUAUGUUGAGCUAGGGACACGUUCAGGUGAAAUCGCGAAAACGCGGCGGAAAGUUGGCGCGACCGACUUCAGGGCGCAGUGACCGCGCACACGCACCGAGCGUUUCUUUCGUAAAAUCGGACACGACUAAGGGAUAACUCUUCGAUUAUAAAAUUAUUCUUAGAUGAUAGCGACGCAGAUAUUACGUGUAUUAAGAGAAGAUUUAAGUAUUCCAGCGAUCGGGAUCGGGACGACCCGACAGCGGCGGAUAUUGCGGGUCGACCGACGCCGAUCGUCCGCUGGCGAGUUUCGGAAUGAGCACCGCUUCUCGCGCGGUCUAUUUCGUGUUGCCGACUUUGCGCGGUCGACUUCGUACGACAAGCUUCGCGUUGCCGACUUCGCGUGUUCUACUUUGCGUGGCCGACUUCGGGUUGUCGAUUUCGCGUUGCCAACUUGCACGGUUGACUGUGCUUUGCCGACAUUGCGCGAUCGACUUUUGCGCGGCCAACCUCACGCGGUCGACUUCGCACGGCGGAAAUCGCGUUGCCGACUUCACGCAGCCACCUUCGGGACGAACCGCGCGGCCGGCGCUCUCGGCUAGCCAUGCGGAGAAGACAGAACCUAGUUUAAUCGAGCGAACCUCGAACCUGUGUGACGCAGAAUCGUUGUAUACAUUUUGGUCUGAUCGACACGACAUUCUGUUGGAGUCAAUUAAAUUUUAAUGAUAUAUAUAUAUAUGAAUGAUAUAAAAAUGAUAUAAUUAUAUUAAACGUUAGUUGACGGAGGCCAGGGCAAUGGCGCGCGUGUGCGAAGACGACCACGAGGCGCGACAGGACCAGAGGAUAUAUAUAUGAGCGCAUAGGUGUGAAUGGGGCCGCGUUUGGAGAGAGAAUGAAGUUCGAGAGGCGUGUCUCGAAGUGCGCGUGAAUCUGACGAGGCGAUCAGCUGAUCGGUAACAGGAGCGAGUGCCGACCCGGGCGGCACGUCGUUUGUGCCAAAAUAGGCUAACCGUUUUAGAACGGAGACGAGACAAAAAAUUCUCCCGAGCGAGGGGUCAACCGGGACGACCUAUCGCGUGGUCGUCCACUCUUGACACGACCUCGGGUCCGUCUCAUUGGCAUGACAAAAAAAGUAGCGAGCCGGCUGAGCGAAGGGGCCAGUCUUUCGCGUCUAGGAUCUGUGCUUUCGAAUCUCCAUGUACACAAGGCGACGUGUCGUCGCGUCUUCUGGCGGGAAAAUGAAAAAAAAAUAUAUAUAUACACACAAAAUACGCGCACACUACGUAGCCGUUAGCCAUUGACAUUGACGUUAACGUUCAGGAAAGCGAGAGAGAAAAAAAAAAGAGAAAAAAGAGGACACGUUGACAAGAAUUGUACACCGGCGAGCAGCCUCGAGUCGUCGCUUCCCUCUCGAGCCGAGACCACUGAUCUAUGUGAUAACUAGAUAGCUGUCAUCCUACAAAAUGGUGGGACGUUUCGAAGCAACCACAAUUCUUUGGUCAUGGACAGUAUCGUAGUAUUUCCGCAUGCGUCAAAACAAAAAUUCGACCGUAGAUAGUAUAAGAGGAGUGAAAUUUUAAUUCACUGGGAAAAGAAUAAUUGUCAUUUAUAUUAAAAUACUUAGGUGAAAAAAAGGUAACCGUUCUAGUCGAAGCUUUCUUACGACAUGUCCCGCGCAACGUUUUACACGUAAAUUGUCUCUUCCGUCUGUUAUACUUUAAGUGUUCACCUUCGCGAAUUGACGGUUCAAGACUUAUGCACGUUUUUAGUUGUUUAGUAUCGCUGCCCAUGUGUAGAGGCGCUGGGGUGUUUUGAAUCGUCCAAGUCCUCUUCGUAUAGAACAAAUAGGUAUCAGCUAUCCAGUUACUGUAUAGAUCAGAGACUGAGACACACGUCUGCGAGGUAUGUCAUAUUUUGCGUUCGACGAGCGCGACAGAGACCCUUAGUAUUAACAAUUAACGCCAAGUAUUCGCAUAUUUCGUUUAUUCUCUUUAUUUCUCCCUUUUUUAUUAUUAUCGUUCUAAGUUUUAACCCGCUUGCUUGCUCGAUUAAUCGCUGCCCACAGCCCUAGGUUUACUCGCGCGAUCAUUACUCUUAUCGCCGUUAAUCUAUACAUCCUUUACUCAUUUGUUUGUUCGAUCUUUUUAAUUCCAAUCUUAGCCUUAUCAUCGA